UUUGAUGCAUCAAACAAUAGUUUUUAUAUGAGACAGAACAGAAGCAACCAUGUCUUAAAUGUUGUGCUCUCUAUCUUGAGUUGUGUGAGAGAAAAAACAAUCUUUGUCAGAGUUUAGUUGUAGUCUGUAGAUGUUGCAUGUUCAGCGACUCUUGCUUAUACUUAUCAUAUUAUGGAUCAUACUUAUGAACAAAUUUUUACUUAAUUAGUGUACAACUUUAUCUAAAUGAACAUUAAUUUUCUCUGGAAACAUAGAUUCAGAGAGAUAUGAAUCAAAAUCAAAAGAAUAUAUCUCCAUUCUUACAAGUGCAUGCCAGUGCAGUUCCUUCGAUGCUGAGGAGCGCCCUGCAACAAACAACAUCGAAGGAAAGUGUUCUCAUCGCAUUGAAUCCAUAAUCUUAAUAGGCCAGAACUGAAAUCAUAUAUAAGCAUCUUGAGCUUGAUCAAGCAAUGCCUUGAAGAUUGGAUGUUUAAGCAUAUACAUCUUUAUCACAAUCUCUUGUAAUCAUCAGCUACAUACACUACCAAAUGUCCUCUUAGAACAUCUUUAGGUAUGGCUUCAUUUUUUUUUCUUGAAUCCCCAGGAAACCUUACCGCAGCAACUCUCGCAUGAAGAUGAUGUAUUAUUGGUGAAACUAAUUAGGUUUAGUUGAUAUUAAUUCUUUAGGACUUGUCUAUAUAAUAUUUAAGAAAACGUAGCAGUUCAACUCUUGUUUAAAACAUUUUUGAUAUAUUUUCAAUACUAUAUUCUAUGUUGUGAUUUUUUAGAUUCACAUGUAAUAGAAAAAUUCUGGAUGAACAACUUCUGAACGGCUAUCUUGGACAAAAAAAAUGUUUUCUCUUACAUGGUUAAUUAAAACUCUACCAAUAUAUGCACCGGGGCUGGUGGCGGCAUAUAUUGGUAGAGUUUCUAAUGUAAUCAGUGAAUCUCUCGUUUCAGUCAGACGUCUUGUCUUGAAUGUAUCAACUUCGAUGGUAACUUUUUUAUGUUCCAUUUUUUUUUUGGUUAUCUCAUUAUUUGUAUAAGUUAUUAAUUUCGUCUCAUGGAUAGACUAUAUAUCCUCCUACUGGAUGUAUCUUCUAUCAAUCUACAGAUAUAUACGCAUGAACCAGGCUGGUAUGAUCUACUUACGUGGAUGCUCGAACAUUCACCGAAACUACAAGUCCUGAAGCUCGUUGGUAAAUAUAGGAUUAAUCCUGACUAUCAUGUUCUCGGCUGGGAAUGGAAUAAGCCAAAGUCUGUCCCUGAAUGUUUGUUGUCACAUCUAGAGACAUUUGUGUGGAGAAGAUACGAUUGGAAAGGAGAAAAGGAAGAAGAAGUGGCUAUAUAUCUUCUAAAGAAUGCAAGAGGGUUGAAGAAUGCGACUUUCUCUACAGGUCCCAUUGAACCGGGCCAGCUUGACAAGUUGAAACAGAGACGUAGGACACGCAAAAAAUUGGAUGGUGUGCUCAAGGCUUCUAAUACAUGCCACCUUGUGUUCAAGUUUGAAUGAUUUUAAUUAUGUAUUGGACUCUGUUAUACUUACAAUAUAGAGAGUGAACAAAAUAUGACGCUUCUAGCUUAAUCGGUUAUCGUUUUAGACUUUUAAAACAGCUUUCUCAAUUUUAUUCCUUUUGCUUUUGAUUUUGCUAUGAUGAUGCAUUCUUAUAUAUUUUCAUUCCAUUCUUUUUGAAAUAAAUUGAAUAUUUAUGUUUUAUGAUUAAUCACAAACAACAAAUCACAUUAACUUCUUGCAAAAUAAUUGAAAACAUUAUCUAAUCUGAAAUAAUUUUUUUUUCUAAACAUCAAAUUAAAUGAAACGGAGAGUAUAUUAUAUUGACGAUUGACAACAUUAUCAAAAUAUCUCUAUAAUAUUAUUAGAGAAAACAGUUUCAUAUGUGUCGUGCUCACGUAAAUUAUUACGAUGAAAAGAUACUCUUAAUGGAUUGAAAAAUAUUGUAUCUAAAUACCAUCACUACAAAAAUUUAUUUCAUAAAUUUUAAAUUUACAUU